GACACAGUGUUCCCUAAAAGCCAUCCAGUUCCCGGGGAGCAUCAGCAGCCGCAAUUCCUCUGCUCCGCACAGAAAAUACACUUGACCUUUUCUUUGCCUUCUGGUGUUUUUUAUGGGUUUACAAGCAAAAGGAUGUGAGUUUUCCAGCUGGUUAUGAAUCUUUGCGAUUUCUCUGACUUCUGUCUGACGCUGGGGCCACCACGAUGCUGCCGCUGUGCAAAGAAAACCGGCCUGAAUUACCUCAGCGAGAGCUUUUUCAUGGUGAAAGGUGCAGCUCUUUUCUUACAGCAAGGAAACAGCUCCCAGGGCCAGAGAAGCCUCCAGCAUCCCCACAAACAUGCAGGUGACUUGCCCCAGCACCUCCAGGUGAUGAUCAACCUCCUGCGCUGCGAGGACAGGAUCAAACUGGCCGUGCGUUUGGAGAGCGUGUGGACCGACCGCGUGCGCUACAUGGUGGUGGUGUACAGCAGCGGGCGGCAGGACACCGAGGAGAACAUCCUGCUGGGAGUGGACUUCUCCAGCAAGGAGAGUAAAAGCUGCACUAUAGGAAUGGUUCUUCGCCUGUGGAGUGAUACUAAAAUCCACCUGGAUGGGGAUGGUGGCUUCAGUGUGAGCACUGCAGGGAGGAUGCACAUCUUCAAACCUGUGUCGGUGCAAGCCAUGUGGUCUGCUUUACAGAUCCUCCACAAAGCCUGUGAAGUUGCCAGGAGGUACAACUACUUCCCAGGGGGGGUGGCCUUGGUGUGGGCCACCUACUACGAGAGCUGCAUCAGCUCGGACCAGAGCUGCAUCAAUGAGUGGAACGCCAUGCAGGACCUGGAGUCCACCCGCCCCGACUCCCCAGCCCUCUUUGUUGACAAGCCGACGGAACGGGAACGAACGGAGCGGCUCAUUAAAGCCAAGCUCCGGAGCAUCAUGACCAGCAAGGACCUGGAAAAUGUGACUUCCAAGGAGAUCCGAAACGAGCUGGAGAAACACAUGAACUGCAACUUGAAGGAAUUCAAGGAAUUCAUAGACAAUGAAAUGCUGCUGAUCCUGGGUCAGAUGGACAAACCAUCCCUGAUUUUUGAUCAUUUGUACCUGGGCUCCGAGUGGAACGCUUCCAACCUGGAGGAGCUGCAGGGCUCGGGCAUUGACUACAUCCUGAAUGUCACCCGGGAGAUCGACAACUUCUUCCCAGGCCUGUUCGCGUACCACAACAUCCGCGUGUACGACGAGGAGACCACGGACCUGCUGGCACACUGGAACGAGGCUUAUCACUUCAUCAACAAGGCCAAGAAGAACCACUCCAAGUGCCUGGUGCACUGCAAGAUGGGCGUGAGCCGCUCGGCAUCCACCGUCAUCGCCUACGCCAUGAAGGAGUUCGGCUGGUCCCUGGAGAAGGCCUACAACUACGUGAAGCAGAAGCGCAGCAUCACGCGGCCCAACGCCGGCUUCAUGCGGCAGCUGCUGGAGUACGAGGGCAUUUUGGAUGCCAGCAAGCAGCGCCACAAUAAACUGUGGAAGCAGCAGGCAGAGAGCAACCUUCCCCAGAGCACCGACGGCACCACGGGCUCAGGAGACUUCUUAUUGGAGAGCUUGGACAUCGACCUGGAAAACCGCCUGGCUGACCUGGACAUGCCUUCCCAGUCUGCCUACCUGGACAACCGGGCCGGCUCCGAGGGCUUCGGGUACUGCUUCCGCCGCCUCUCGGACACGCUGCUGGAGAACAAGAUUCCCGGGGACAGGGAGGGCUUCUUCCACAUGGAGCAGCUGGAGCGGGAUGCCAUGGUGGGACAGCCUCCAUCUGCACCAUCCCAGGGGAGGCUGCUGGAGAUGGAAAAGGCCCCGGAGAGAACGGAGCCACUGGCAGAGCUGGGCGGCUUCUGUGAGAAAGAGGCAAAGAAGAAACUGGACUUCAGCCCCAGGAAGGGAAGGAUGGUCCUUGGGGAGCCAGGGGAGGACGGUGUCAGGGAGGAAAAUCCCAUGGAAAAGUGGAAGCGGCGUUUGUCCAUGCACAAGGAGGAGAGCAGGCUCAAUAGGGAGAACUUGAAUAACAACAACAGCAAAAGGAGUUGCCCAGAGGAUUUUGAGCACGAUGCCGUGUUCGGGAUCCUCAGCAAGGUGAAGCCUUCCUACCAGUCCUGCACUGACUGCAUGUACUCCUCAGCAGGGUUGGCCCCCGACCCCUUCGGGGAGCAGUGCGAGAGGCUCGGCGCCGGCGCCGCGCGGCGCAGCAGCACCAUCUGCACCCAGCCCCCCCUCCUGUCCCACCUGCACUCCCACCUGAUGGAACACCUGCCCAGCAGGGCCCCCCCUGAGGAGCCAGGCAGAACUAAACAUAACGAGGCUCCGCUCCCUCUGGCACCAGGAGCUGGGGCUGUGGAGGUUGGCACGUGCAGGUCACUGGAUCAGCACUGUGGCCUUUUGGAGAGAGGGAAAGAUGCGCCAAAAACCCCCGAAAAAACUCUGCUGCCCAGGAGAAACUCCCACUGUGACAGGAGCCUCCUUCACGCAGAGAUGGUGAGGGAAGAGUCUCUGGCCAGAAAGGACCCCAGACCUACCAAGGACCUGAAGUACCUGUUGUUCAGCAAAGACUUGGAAAAGCCGAGCGCCAACAGUUACCUGAUGCAGCACCAGGAGUCGCUGCUCCAGCUGCAGAAAGCAGGGUUGGUCAGGAAGCACACCAAAGAGCUGGAGCGCCUCAAGAGCCUGCCCUCAGAUGCCUCAGCGCUGCUCAGGGACAGCCCCCUGGGCAGGGUCGACUCCAGCAUCGUGGAAGAAAAUGAGGACUUGAUGGCCCAUCCUGGCCUGGUGCCUCUCCUGACGCCGGCCCCACUGGUGCCCGGAGACGCCGAGAACGACGUGGAGAAGCUGGGGGUGAAGCGUGUCCUGGAAGGGAUCUCCCAGAAAACCUCCACGCCGGCCGGGUGCCGCAUGGAGCACACGAGCAGCUUCACCAAGGACUUCCUGAAGACCAUCUGCUACACCCCCUCCUCCUCCCGCAGCUCCAACCUGACACGGAGCUCCAGCAGCGACAGCAUCCACAGCGUGCGGGGCAAGCCCGGGCUGGUGAAGCAGCGCACGCAGGAGAUCGAGACCAGGCUGCGCCUGGCUGGCCUCACCGUGUCCUCACCCCUGAAAAGGUCCAAUUCCCUCGCCAAGCUGGGAUGUCUGAACCUGUCCUCGGAGGACUUGUCGAGUGACGUGGACGUGGCCACCAUCACGGACUCCAAGGAGGCCGUGUCCAGCGAGUGCUCCGUGCUCUGUGAGCCCCCGCUGAGGAGCGCGGACGGCACCUCCAAACCCGGGGUGAAGCCUCUGACUGGGAACUUGAAGAACACGCUUUGGAUGGGCAAAAGUUGAUGUCUUGCAGGGGGAGGAGGGGGCUGGAGCAUUUGGGGGUUUGCAGCAUUUAUUCAUUACACCAGUGCUGUUUUAUCAUCUGAUAGUUGCAGUAGCUCAUCUGGUGCCACCUCCUCGUCCCCUCUUUGUGCUCCAAGAGAGGAGGAAAGAACCACGAUGGGUCACAAUGAAGGGCACAAGGGAAAUAAAAUGUGUUGCAUGGCUUAGAGGAGGACUUGGUGUGUGACUUGCCUGUUGUCCUGCAGGAUACUCUUCCUAGUACUGUUUGCCAAGUGUAAUAAUGUGGAUUUGUGUGUGGUUAUGGAUAGAUAUUUGUAUCUCUAUCUAUAUCUAAAAUGCUGAAAUAUUCUGUUUCAAAGACUCAAAAUAAUUAUUCAUGACUUUUUUUUACAGAACAAACACAAGUCUCUGUUUAAACAGGGCACUUGUGGAAAAUCCUUAAAAUGGUGACACGCACACUACCUCUGUUCUCGCUGGCUUUUUGUCCUGGUUUAUUGUUUGGGGCUUUUAUCCAAAAGGCUUUUCCCAGAAUUCUUGCUGUUAUUUGAAGGAAUUCCUUUAGCUGUAAAGGCCUGGAGGAGUGUGGACACAGAGGCUUCCCCAGGCCUUGCUGGGAGGUGACAAGAGUGCUGAGCUGUGUCCUUGGGGACACUGUGACCUGAUGUCACCCUGGCUGUUGCUGUCACAGGUGUUGUGUUCUUGGGGUGUUUUGCUGUCGUUGUGGUUGGUGUUGUCCCAGUGCUGACAGAGCCUGGCCAGUGGUUGCCUGUGGACCCUCGUGAUGUGAAGCUGUGUCAGUGUCGUGGGUGCUCUGGGGACCCUCUGUCACUGGGCUGUGGGUGACGUGAGGUGGCCGAGGAGGGGUGGCUCUCCUGGACCCCGGUAGGUGACAGUGUUUGUGGUUGUGCUGUCGGUUUUGUAGGAUGGUCCCUGUGCCCAGGGAGCUGCUGGAGGAGUCCUGGGUGUUGUUUAUGGUGGGCAUCAGGAGUUUGGGUGCCACAGGCAGGCUGGGGCUGUCCCAGAGCUCGCAGGGCUGUGUGUGAGAGCCCUGCUGGGGGAGCAGUUGGACAGAAACACGGACACGCUCUUAGAGAGGGAUGUUGGAGGAAGGGUGGGCAGCCAGGGGCUGUCUGUGCUCUCAGUCCAGUGUUACCCCCUCCUGCCAGGGCUGCUGCUUGGAUUCCCUAGGGAAUUCACAUUUUCUGUGAAUACUUUUGGCAGCCAGCCUGGUCGAGAGCUGCUCCGUGCGAGCCCUCACUGAGUCCAGAGGGAAGAGCUUGGGAAGCGAGCAGGGGAUGUGCUCCAAACCUCGGUGCCCCCAAUCCCAUCUGAGGCCUUGUGCCUUUGGGUGAUGUUUUGAAGUCGAUUUGGGCGGUCAAAGAGGUGGAUUUGCUCACCCUGGCUGUGAGUGGGAGUAUUCCCACAUUUUAAAAUCUCCAUGGAAAGGCUUCCUUGCAACUCCCCUCUGAGGUGGGGCAGAGCCAGGCUGCAGCAGCUGCUCUGAACUGUAUUGAUUGAAAAUCCAGUGUCUUGAGGAAGGGAGCUGUGCAUUUUCCUGCCCUGAAUGCCUGGAGUUCCCUUUUUCCCCUUAAGUAUAAGAUCCUGCAUGUUUCAUUUGUGUGAGGAAUUGUAGGGACAGGCAAUCAGUGAAUAAUUGUCCCUCCUGAAAGAGUCUGAAUUUGAUUUGCACUUGCUGCACCCGGGAGAGCUGGUGUGGAGCAAAAGCUGCUUUGGGAGGGAAGUUUGCAGGAAGUACCUGUUGUUUGGGCUUGUUUGGGCUGAGGCAGCGCUGGGUCAUGCUCAGGGCAGGAUGAAACCCCACAAGCCAGGGCCGGAUCCAUUCCCUGUAUUUGGAUCAUCUUUAUCCUCCUUUGCACCUAGAUUCAGAUUUGGGAAGGGGCAAACAGGAGGUCCCCGGGCUGUUGGGUGCCGCAGGGUCGGAGCAGCACCUGGGGAACCUCCCUGUCCCAUCCCCGGGACAAUUCCACCGUCACCCUCGGCUCGCCAGGGCUGCCCGCAGGUUAUUGUUCUCUGUGUGCUGCCGACCCUUCCCAUCACUGCCCGGUUGAGGGAGGAGGUGCUGGGAACGGUUUGAAUGAGUUUGCAAAAUUCCGUGAACUGAUACAAGUGAACAUCUGAUUUCCUUCCUGUUUCUCGAGUGCCUGCCGAGUUCUGCCGCGUCCAACCCGCCGCGUUCCGGGGCUCAGCUCGGCACCCUCCGCCUUCCCCUGCUGCUGCUCCCGCCUGGCUCUGGCUGGAUCAGCCCCAGGCUUCACUCCGGGCUCGGGGCUCCUUCCGUGCGUGCUCGGGAUGCAGACACGGCUUGGUGGGAGCUGCUCCGGGAGCUCCGCUGUGCCAUUCCCGGGGGGUUGUAGCCAAACUCCCCAGUCCCGUCGGGUUUGUUGCAUGACAAGGUUGAUGUGCUUGUCCUCCCCACGUGUCGUACGUGUCCUUACGAUGGAGUGCCUUACUCAUAGUUUACAAACACUGUGUAUCUGCUGAGCUGUUGGACUCUGCUGUUUGCUGUUCUCUAGGGAGUUUUUGGUGCUUUUGGUGUUUCCGAUGGCAGUGAGGCCGUCCCUCCUCCUGUCCUGCCCUCCUGUCCCCGCCGAGCUCGGCACGGCUCACCUGCUACCGCUUCCCUCUGCUCUGGGCAUGGCAGAACCAAAGGGCUCCGUGACAGCCGCGGUGCCUGUGGCUGCUCCCGGUGUCCCCAUUUAUCCCAUGUAUCUAUGCAUCGCUGCCGGAACGCGGGCGGGGUGUGCAGGGACACAUCCCAUCACCGACCACGCUUUGCUCGGCAGACCCAAACCCUGUCCCGUCCUGCCAGAAAUCCUGAAAUGCACAAACCGGCACCUUAUUCCCGGUCCAGGUGGUGUCGCUCCGUGUGGCAGCAGUGCCCGACCUCCCGGGAGUCCUUCCCGUGCCGGCGGGGUUUGUCCCGGCCGUGUCACCGACUCCCCGCGGAGCGGUGGGGACAGUCCCGGUCAGUCCCUGAGGAGGGGGUGAGUGACGUGUAGCUGUUCUGUGCAUUGCUGUACUCCAUAACAACGUUCCUUUAUUCCAUGGUAUUUCUUAUCCCAAUUUUAUAUGGAAAUCUGCAGGAUUUUUGUACUGUAUGCCCGCGGGAGGGAUGCAUCAUGCACUUUUUUUUUUUUUUUUUUUUUUUUUUUUUUACUUUUGUUUGUAAAAAUGUCCUGGAUAUUUUAUGUUUAUCUUGUGAGGAAAAACAAAUAAACUUUUUUUUUUCCUUUUACAAA